UUGUUUAGCUCUAGGCAGCUCAUGAAUCUAAAACUGAACUAUCGAAAAAAUCGUUUGUGUAGUCGAAAAAUUUCGGACAGCUCCGUCGAAAUUGAUUUGUAUUCAGCUGUUUAAGUUUGGGCAUGUCAAGAUAUCGCUAUGGGGAUCUAAUACUAGAGGCCUUUAUGGAGUUCCGGCGCCCAAUGGCUCUCGAAGAAGUGGUGGAAUAUGUGGCCGAGAUGACGGACAGAUCGAUUGUCGAGGUGCGUCUGCCCGUGGACAAUACACUGACAGCUGCCUGGCUGCAUGGCUUUGUGCAGCGGGAAAAUGAUCUCUAUUCGCUGGUGGAGGACGCGAGGCCUCCUCCUGGUGGCACCGAUCGCAGGACUCGCACCAAUAGCACCACAAGCUAUAGGAACAGACACAACUGAAUGCCAGCAGCAGCAGGCUGUGUGAUUUUUAGUUCGAUUGAGUUAUAAAAUUGGUAUUGAAGAACUUUGGACUAUGAGGUUGAUUGUGGAUCCACGGACUUACCAAGGUCAAAUUUAAGGCUCCUCGAUUUAAUGGGAUUUCCUUAUGUUGACACACUCUUUAAGGGUAUAAGACGCAACUCCCAAUUCCAUUCCGAAGGACAAAAUAAUUUGAAGGACAUUAAGUCUAAGGCACAAAUCUUAAUAGGGCAACUGUAAAAUUGUUCAAGAAAAAACGAACGAAAAAAAAAUCAAAACCUUUUAUAAAGUACAUAAUAAAAAGUCUUUAAUACGUUCUCUGCA